UUUCGUUAGUGGCCUAUAAAUGGUUGGUCAGUCUUGAGCAGCUUACAAUAUACAGAAUAGCAAAAAACUAACCCUUGUUUUUCAACUGCCUAGAUAUGAAGACUUUCUUCUCUUUCAUCAUCUUCUGCUUUCUGCUCCUGUUUGUGAAUCUCAGCCAUGCAAGAAAAGAACCAGGGGAGUACUGGAGAAGCGUGAUGAAAGAUGAACCAAUGCCCGAAGCAAUCAAAGGGCUAAUACAUGAAGAUCCGAAAGGCUCGGCCAUGGAUUCCGGCAAGAAAAUGAAACAGUUCGUCAGAGAUUUCGACAGUCGGCAUAGCCUUAUAAUAUACCACAACAGCCCCGAGUCCAAGCAACAAGGCAAGACAUUUGCCGUGACAUCUGAUAUAAAGAACUAGACAGCACAAGUAUUUGUCUGAUCCAGCUGGUAGUCUGCUUGGUUGUUGUGAUUAGAAACACCAGCUGUUUCUAUGGGGGACUAAACAUGGAUCUUUCCAUAGUUAUUUUUCAACCUUUCGUCUUCACCUAGUUUCACUGUUGAAGGAGUUUUUUUUUUUCUUCCUUAUCUUAACCGUAAUUAACUAAAUAUCGAUUAAGUAUUAACUCGGCGUCAAAGCUCUUGUAAAUUCUUAGAUAUUCUAUGUUCGAGUGUGUUU